AUGGUGACUUUCCCCCCAAGCGAGGAUUUACCUGAAUGCAUAUUUGGUGAUGUGCGCCCUAAACCUGAUGCUGCAGAGCAGAGUCUAGCGAAGAAGUGUGUUACUCCUAAUGGAAAAGAAGCAAGUAUCCCACCUCAGAUUGUUGUUCCACGCCCUCCCAAAAAACGCAUUGCACGGUUAUCUUUUGGAGCUCCUACCACUUCUGUUACUGGACAUGGGAAGGUCAUCCGAAUUAUAUCCGGGGAGCUUGAAACUGUGUUCAAGUGUAGGAAAAAUGACUUUGUGUGCGAAGAUGUUGUAUAUGAAUGGUAUGCAUUACAGCAGAGGAACGGUUUCAGGUGGCUUGGAUGUAAAUUUUUUGCUGGCACUGUUCAGGGAAAUAGCUUUAAAGUUACUACUGAUCAGGGAUCAACUUGCAAAGAGUAUAGUACCAAGCGUUUAAAAGCUUUAAAGGCUGGGAUUAGCUUGAGACGGCUUAAUCAUGAUAUUGUUGACAUUGCAAGAGUUGCAAAUUAUUCUAAAACAAAUGCUCAAGGUGUUGCUUUAAUAUGUGAUAAAGAAGUGCCUGCUGAGCCUCUUCAGUUGCCUGCUCGUAUAUACUGUUCCAAGUGCUAUGCCAAAAAAUUUGCUUAUGAACCACUGAUGAAGUAUAUAUAUCAUAAUCUUCCUGACUUAUUACCUGAUGAUACACACCCAAAGCAUUUGCAGAUGUAUUUUUAUGAUGCAGAGCAUGAAGUGAAGAAUCGCUCAUCUACUUUUCCAGAGGUGGAACAAGAAAUGGUUCAGCUUCUUAUGCAAGUAAUGGAUCGCAAUCCAUAUGCUCAGUUUUUCCGUUCAUUAAGAGAAAUUCCGGUUGUGGAAAGUACUGAAAUUCAUUUGAACCGAAAUCCAGUUCUUGGCCAAAGAGUUUAUAAUGCACCAACUGCAAAUGAGGUGGAUGUUAUAUGGUCAGAAGAAACAUCAUCUAGCGAAUAUAGUAGUCCUCAUAUUAUUGCUUGUGGUAAAAGAAACACAACUACACCUCAUAGAAUUAUGCAUUACUAUGGAUGCCAUGAUCCGCUUCAAUAUCCUCUUUUAUAUCCACAUGGAGAUUGUGAAUGGCAUGAGGGUCUAGAGAAAAUAAAUACAAUUGAUAGCAAUGUUCCCCUGCAACAAGAAGUUUGCCCACUAGAGUCAAUUGAGAGUGUGGAGGACUUACUGGCCGAAGAGGAAGCAAAUAUUGUUUACAACUAUGUAAUGCAUCUAAUGGCAAAAGGAGAAGUUGAUAUGUAUGUUAAGCUAGAAAACACAAGACUGGAUUUUUUCCGUAGAAAUCAGGUUGCCAUUCGUGCUGAUCUUUAUCAGGGACUUGUUGAUUGUGGCCCUAGAGAUCUUCGAAGUAGGUACUUGAAUGCGAUAACUUUGGUCCAGCGAUUUGGAAAACCUAAUCUGCUCAUAACUAUUAUGAGUAAUCCAAAUUGGCCGAAAAUCAAAAAAGAAUUAGCUCCUGGAGAACUUGCUCAGAAUAGGCCCGAUUUAGUUGCAAGGAUUUUCCAUGCUAAGCUAAUUGCACUUAAGAAGCAAAUCAUGGAGGAGAAAAUUUUUGGAGAAGUUGCUGCACUAAUAUAUGUAGUUGAGUUCCAAAGCAUUAAAGAUCCUGCUGCUUUUGAUAAAUUCGUAGCUGCAGAGAUACCUUCAACAAAGAAUCCUCAUCUAAGAGAGGUCGUUUUAUCUCACAUGAUACAUGGUCCAUGUGGGAAGGAAAAUCCUGAGUGCUCUUGUAUGAAACAUAGAGGCCGACUCGGUGUGUGUAAGUAUGGAUAUCCAAAACCAUAUGUAACUAAGACUACUAGCCAUGAGGAUGGAUAUCCUAUGUAUAGAAGGCAUGAUACUGGAGAAACACUAAUGAUUCGUAAGAAACCUAUGGAUAACAGAUGGGUCAUUCCAUAUAACCCAUAUUUGUUAGCCCUCUUUGAUUGCCACAUGAAUGUUGAAGUGUACUCUACAAUUUGCGCUGUAAAAUAUCUCUACAAAUAUGUCUACAAGGGGCACGAUCGGAUUUCUUUCAAUGUUUCUUCUGCAGAAAAUCCAAAACCCAGAGAUGAAAUCGAGCAAUUCCAAUCUAGAAGGUGGGUUUCUCCAUGUGAAGCAGCUUGGCGUUUAUUUAGUUUUGGCCUAUUUGAAAUGCACCCCCCAGUGUUGCCUCUCCAAAUCCAUCUUCCUAAUCUGCAGACUGUCCAGUUCAGGAUAGAUGAAAGUUUAGAUUCUGUUGUAAAUGAUACCAAGAGGCAUAAAACUGCUCUGACAGAAUUUUUUGCAAUGAAUGCUGCUAAUCCAGAUGGACCACAGUAUUUGUAUUCAGAAUUUUCAAAGAAUUUUGUUUGGACAGCAGCUACAAAGGCAUGGACUAGGCGUGGGAAUAAAAAAAUAGCCAUUGGUAGGAUGGCAUUUGUAGCACCAUCUGAAGGUGAACGCUAUUACCUGUGCCUUUUUCUAGCAAAUGUUUGGGGGCCUAAGUCAUUUGAAGAUCUUAGGACUGUUGAUGGUAACAUUUAUGCAACUUUUCAUGAAGCUGCUAUUAAGCUUGGCCUCAUAGCUGAAGAUGAUGCUGUGGACAAGUGUAUGUCAGAGGCUUCGGAAACUCACAUGCCUAAGGCUUUAAGACGUCUAUUUGCUACUGUUCUCAUUUUUUGCAAUCCUUGCAAUCCACUUGCCCUAUGGAAUAGAUUUUAUUCUAAUAUAUCUGAAGUUUUCGUAAGCAAUCCUUCGAACCAGGCUGGUAAAGUUCAGUACUUAACAGUUCGUUUUGUUGAGCAGUAUUUAGAAGAAAUGGGAAAGAGUUUGCUUGAAUUUGGGCUUGAUGGUCUAAUGUGUGAGACAGAUGAUGCAAUUAGAAGGACUCAGGAUAUUGUUGAUGCCCUAGACGCACCUGUACCUGAUAUAUAUAUAAAGAAGCGUGCUUAA